GAGGGAUCGCCCCGCCAAUCCCUGGGCUCUGCCACGUCAUCGUCGUCAUCAUCACCGGCUGUCCACUCGUUCGAGUGCGGCGCCGCCCCCAUCGUUCGGGUGUCGCAACCCGGAGCCGAACGACUGCUCCACGUCUUCACCGAGACCCUGCUCGAGGACUCCUGGGACGACUUUCCGCUGAUGCGGACCAUGCUCGAGCUCGACAUGGCCUCAGCUGCACCGCGCGGCCACGAGCACCCGCUGAGCGAGGCCAUCGUCAGCUUCUACACAAUCAAGGGCAAGUCGCAGCACCUCCUCACCUCCUCUUUCAUCGAUCAGAUCGCCGCGAGCCCUCGAGAGGAGAGUGCGGUGCUUUUCCGGGAGGAGAGCAUUGCGGUGCGGCUGUUCAAGGCCUUCAUUCACCAGCAGGCGGCGCACUACAUCGACUACUGCAUCGGCAACCUCAUCACCACCGUCAACGCGCUCGAGAAGCCCCUCGAGAUUGAUCCAAGGAAUGCGUCGACAGCGGAGGUGGCCAAGAAUGCCAAGCAGCUUCUUGUGAUCGCGCAGGAGUUCCUCGAGCAUCGUCAUCAGCAACAAGUGCUCCAGAAGUUGGUGUCUGUCUUCCUGUGUGAACUCCCAACUGAAGUUGCAUACUGA